GAUUGUUACCUAGGAGACAAUCCCCUGGCCCCCUGGAAGAGGCCUCAGCAGGCCCAGGCCACCUGGAGGGAGAGCAGACCUGCGGCUGAGGAUGCAGGGCUCCCGGGCACGGUGCUAGCCCUGCCUUGAGACACCCCGAGAGCUGUGGGAAGAGCUGUGGGAUCCCCUAUUGCAUCACAAAGCGGCCCUGGAGGGCUGGUCUUUAUUUUGAUGAGGCUGAGAAGGGAAGGCUGCGGGCAUGUUUAAUCCGCACGCUUUAGACUCCCCGGCUGUGAUUUUUGACAAUGGCUCGGGGUUCUGCAAAGCGGGCCUGUCUGGGGAGUUUGGACCCCGGCACAUGGUCAGCUCCAUCGUGGGGCACCUGAAAUUCCAGGCUCCCUCAGCAGGGGCCAACCAGAAGAAGUACUUUGUGGGGGAGGAGGCCCUGUACCAGCAGGAGGCCCUGCAGCUGCACUCCCCUUUCGAGCGUGGCCUGAUCACAGGGUGGGAUGACGUGGAGAGACUCUGGAAGCACCUCUUUGAGUGGGAGCUGGGCGUGAAACCCAGCGACCAGCCCCUGCUUGCAACGGAGCCCUCCCUGAACCCCAGGGAGAACCGUGAGAAGAUGGCAGAAGUCAUGUUCGAGAACUUCGGCGUGCCCGCUUUCUACCUGUCGGACCAGGCGGUGCUGGCUCUCUACGCCUCGGCCUGUGUCACGGGCCUGGUGGUGGACAGCGGGGAUGGGGUCACCUGCACUGUCCCCAUCUUUGAGGGUUACUCCCUGCCCCACGCAGUCACCAAGCUCCACGUGGCGGGCAGGGACAUCACGGAGCUCCUCAUGCAGCUGCUCCUGGCCAGCGGCCACACCUUCCCCUGCCAGCUGGACAAGGAUCUCGUGGACGACAUCAAAAAGAAGCUGUGCUACGUGGCCUUGGAGCCCGAGAAGGAGCUUUCCCGGAGGCCGGAGGAGGUCCUGAGGGAGUACAAGCUGCCCGACGGGAACAUCAUCAGCCUCGGGGACCCGCUGCACCAGGCGCCCGAGGCCCUGUUCGUGCCCCAGCAGCUGGGCAGCCAGAGCCCCGGGCUCUCGAAUAUGGUCUCCAGCAGCAUCACCAAGUGUGAUACCGACAUCCAGAAGAUCCUCUUUGGGGAGAUCGUGCUGUCGGGGGGCACUACGCUGUUCCACGGGCUGGAUGACCGGCUUCUCAAGGAGCUGGAGCAGCUGGCCUCCAAGGACACCCCCAUCAAGAUCACGGCUCCCCCCGACCGGUGGUUCUCCACCUGGAUUGGAGCCUCCAUCGUCACCUCUCUGAGUAGCUUCAAGCAGAUGUGGGUCACCGCCGCAGACUUCAAGGAGUUUGGGACCUCCGUGGUGCAGAGAAGAUGCUUCUGAAGGCCGCUUCUCGUUGGGUACGGUGGGGGGUGAACCGUAGCCCCAGCUUUGGGGGGAUGUUCAAUAAAUGACCAAUGCCAGAACA